AUGCUGAAUAUCAUGACGGGCAACGACUUAGCAGCGUUUGCCGUGCCUGAAGAAUCCGUUUUGAAACCGGGCGUUCAGCAAGGGCUUACCCCGUUCUUUCUCUCUGCUAAGGUUGGGGACGAUGAAGGUGUUCAACACAAGGCGUUUCAUUACGCAUUCGAACGACUACACGUGAGGGGCCUCGCUGAAAGCGAGGUUUCUCAUCCUUCUUGGAACGCUUUCAAAAAAGCUGUUUCUCGUUCAAGACUGACCAUAGCGAUGAUGAAGCUCACCUUGUGCUGUAACUUCGACCACGGUGCUUGGAAGAGCGGGGAUCGUCUUGAGGCAAAACGCGACAGCUUUGAAGUCUACCUGAGCACAAAAGGCUCUGACUACUUUGAGGAAUUUGCUGAGUUGGUGGCUCACGACCGCAAUGAAGCCUUUGACCCUGAUCACCACCCUGCCGAAUGCAUGUCUGAGUGGAUGUCCAGCAAAGCUCUGAGAAACAGAGGGCUCUACGUGAAAACAAAGGCUUGGUUUGGCUUUCACGCUGCACUCAGAGAUCUGAUUGCUGAUUGGACAAUUCAGCUGGAGGCUUUGAGAGCGCUCAAUCAACGAGUGGAGAACGAUCAGUGCGAAGAUCUUCAUGUUGAGAGGGAUCGGGACAGGGAGGAAGAGGAGUUUGAUGGUGAUGUGGAAAGGCAGGAGCCUCGCACCAAGAGUGAACUCUAUGCCAUCUUCGGGAAGAAUGGACCAACUGCAAUGGUACUGGGGUUUAUGGAAGACCGCAAGCUGCAAAGCAUUGCGCGUAUUUUCGUUGAAAUUACAAGUCCACUGGAAAUGUCCUACUAUGAGACCCUCGAAGCUUUGAGCAAAGGGUGGAAUGAACAAUCUAGGUGGGUGAGCACAAGAGCCUCGGGCAGUUGGUACCAAGUAGUCAGUGGCAUAUUGGGUGUGUUGGAAACGUCCGUUUUCCAAGACAGGCUUCAUUUCACAAAACCGCUAAAGCCAGUGGCUUUGGAGGAGGGUGUGCCUGAGUGGGCACAGGGUGAGAUGGAGUUGCUGGAACUGGCAUUUGACUUUGCUGAAUGCUUGGCAGAAAACGUUCUGUGGAGCAAUGCUCGCUACUGGUGGAGCAUACCUGAAUUGCUGGCCACACUGUUACACUCCGAGCGGGGUGUGCGAAAAGCUGGAAUGCAGCAAAUGAAAACGAUAGUCGAGGCAGUUUUGGCAGCAGAGGCUCAUCAGUCAAGACAAAAGGAGUGGGCAGAGGUUCUUGCUGAUUUGGGCUGGCAGAAACAACAACUGCCACGAGAGGCUAUGGCCCUUCUUCUCCAAUGUGAGUUUGCACUGUCUGAUGUGAAGCUUCGAAAACUCAGCUCCAGACUGUUUGUUGGCUCACCGUCCACCAAGGACACACUGGAGAAUUGCUUUGCUUUUUUACACCGCAAGGCGGCAACCCACAGCACGAACGCCAAGAUGUCUGAUGCUUGCAAGUACACAUAUGCCAUUAUUUCACCUUACUCUGAAAGCGGCGGGGCACCCCAAGUACUUCCCAGUGCUCAGGAUUUCACUACGAAGCCAACAUUGCAAUCUGCAAGUGAGAUUUAUGAAUCCAAAUGGAGGAGUUCUGGGGUUCAGGCACAACAGCGGUCUGCAGCAGCAGCUGCUUAUUUGGUCGCUGAUGCUGCAAACAACUUCAGUCAUGUGGACGAUUGUUGGAUCGGUAGUCUCUUCGUUCCCGGAAAGGUCUACUUCAAUGCAAGUCUCGAUGUGUGCACGCUUUGCUUGGGGAACCGGAAGUGGACCACUGCUGGCUUCCCAUUGAAACGGAUCAGGAUUGAAGACGAGGAGUUUCUGAUCUUGGAGAAAGAGGUGAGAGAUAUUCCAGCCCAAACACUUGUUUGGAUGAUGAAUUGGAAAGUAUUUGAAUCAGACUGGGUGUUCCUUCCAGUUCGGCUUCUGGUUCGUGGGUUGUUGCCUGAGCCCAUCUUGAAUCUGGGUACAUGCUUUGCUUUUCACAUCAUGGAUCCUGGCGGGCAGCCUCUGCUAGAGUCUGCAGUUCGCUCUGGUUGUUGGAUCUCUUUGGCAAACCUUCAAUCUUUGUUUGCUGCAUUGGGUCUGAACAAACCUACCAGAGGAUCCGGAAAACGCUUGGCCAAUGGUAGCAAAAGCAUAUUGAAAGUAGACUGGGCAAGAAUGUUGGUUCAGCAUCUUUUCCCCGGUGAAGAAGAUGAAGCUGAGAUCAAAAGAAUGAUUGCCGGCAUCACGCAUCGGUCAACCAAAAACCUGUCCGAUGAUGAAACCAAAAUUCUUGACAUGGUGUCCGAAUUGGACGAGGAGAAUAGAAAUUGCCCUGAGUUCAAAAAGAUCGCAAAACUUGCAAAGCAGCAAUCUACAGAGAAAACAGAGACAAAAGCGCGAGCACAAGUGUUCGCAGAGAUUCGCGAGGAAGAAGAGGCCAGGAAAAAAGAGGAGGAAGAGGAGAAGCAGCGAAUUGAAGAAGAGAGACAGAAGGAGAGGGCUAAGAUAGAAAAAGCAGCCCUUGAAGCUUCUGAAAGAGAGCGUGCAAAGCCAUCUGCGGCAGCUUCUUCUGGCAGUGGAACCCGCAAACCAAGCACUACACCAAAAGCUUUGAAGGAUUUUCUCACCCAGGCUAUGCAGGAUGAUGGUAUUACUUUGAAUCGGGAACCGGGAUCCUAUGGUUACCGUGCAACUUACAGUCGUUCUGCACCAGGUCUGCAAAAGAAUUUUCAGAGAAAAUGGGGUACAUCGGCAAACCCCCGCGAAGAAGAUGCUUUGCUUACUGUCCUGGGAUUUAUUUAUGCACGAUGGAACGCGGACCACAAGUCCAGAGUGAACCUGCUGCUUGGCUUAUGCGGGGAGUUGCUGUUUUCUGUGAUGUUGGGCAUUACAUAG